GUUUUUUACUCACUCCUUGAGUGGGCCGGCCUUAAUUUCUAUUGGGCCGCAUCUCAUUUCAUACAGCUGAAGCCCACAGUUGUGUCGAAAUCCAACUUCCAACCGCAUGAACUAAUCCAAUCACUGUCUAAUUAACCGACUCUAACUAUCCAAUCCUAUUCGGCGUUCUAAUCUGUUUUUUUUUUCCUUUUCCUCCACGAAUUCAUACCCUCCACGCAACAGAAACCACACCCCGAUACGACUAGGAAGGAAUUCCUCUCUGCUUCUUCGAUCCCCUUGUUAUUACAAUCAAUCCUGCAGGAGGGUAUAAUUGCAGCGGCAAGAUCGAUUUUUUACAAACCAACAUAGCAGAAAGGAUUUACGCCGCCGCCGCCGCUUGCGAUUUGUCAAUUGCAGCCAGAAAGAGGCGAUGGAUUUCAAAGUUGCUUCCUUUCUCCUACUCCUGUUAAUCGUCACCUGCGGAGCUGCUCAAGGUCAAGGCAACGAUUUUGUUGUCCUUGAUCUAAAAACAACUGAGAUCGGGGAAGAUGCUAGCCCAAUGUACAAGGAGCAAAUUGCGUCGACCAAGAUACCUGUAACUCUUCUGAGGAGCAAGCACAGCUCACUGUGCUCGGCUUGUGAAAACAUCACAAGUGAAGCUGUCAAUUUUCUUAGUGAAAAACAAAUACAAGAUAAGAUAAGGACGAUCCUUCAUGACACUUGUUCUCAGACAUUCUCCUUUGAGCAAAAGUGUCUUGAGACUAUGGACUCCUAUGCAACUCUUGUCUUUGCAAAAAUUGCUGAGAUCAAGCCAGCUGCGUUCUGCAAACAGUAUGGCCUCUGCAGGGACAUGGCUCUUUUAUCAGCUGUUAAAAGUGAAAGCACAUGCUUAUUCUGCCACCACAUCAUCGAUGAAAUUACGUCCAAACUGAAAGAUCCUGAUGCAGAGUUUGAGAUCAUUCAAUUACUACUCAAGGAAUGCAACAAGAUUGAAGGUCAUCAGCAGCAGUGCAAGAGGAUGGUUCUGCAGUACGUACCGCUGGUUCUGGUGAACGGUGAGAAGUUCCUGGAGAAGAACGAUGUGUGCGCAAUGAUCCAAGCCUGUGAUGCAGGCAAGAGGAAGGCACUCAACUUGUUCUCUGCACGGAAAUUGGUGCGUGACGCAUGAAGUAGUAGGAAGCGUGCGUACACGAAUCAAGUUGUGGUAGGCAUGGAGAAGACGAAGUGAUGGCAGCUUGUACAUAUGGUUAUUAUUAAUGAAAUAUUAGGCAAUACACUAUGUGAAGGGGAUGAUACGAUAAUUAUGUGCACAUACUUGUGCUGCUAUCUGAAUUCUGAAAGUAAUGCUAUGAUUACUUUUUUGUGUACUUGUUGCUGGGAGUAUGAAGUACUGUACUCAUACUCAGUCCUAGAAUAUAACUACUUUUAGC